AUGGGAAAGAAAGAACCUGUCACGACCACCAUUGUCGACUCCAAUGCUCGAGCGACGUCUCUGUCCACGCCAUGCGAUAGCAUCGAUGGCGAAAAAAUACUGACGGAGACAGACAGCCAAAAUGAAAAAUCCAGGGACAGUGUGAGCGCCCACGUGACCGUGGCAGUUGCGCCUGAAGACAACGAGGGCGAUCAUGAAGGGCCACUGACGUCUUUUUUCCGCGUUUUGUACGAAUUUUCCACCCCCUACGAUCAUGUGUUGCGCAUUGUUGGACUCUGCGCCGCGAUCGCGUCGGGGGCCGCACUGCCUUGUAUGACGCUGGUCUUUGGUUCAUCCGUCAACGAAUUCAAUUCAUUUGGCUCCAACGAGCAAUCAUCGAGCACCUUGUACAAGUCCGUCUCUCAUAAUGCGCUAUGGUUUGUAUACCUCUUUAUUGCCCGCUAUGUACUUGUCUACAUUCAUUCGACAUGCUUUGGUGUUUCGGGUAUCAGAGCCACCCAAGCUUUGCGCCAGCAUUUCAUCAAGGCUGUGCUUCGACAGGAAAUUGCCUAUGUCGAUUCGCGUUCUCUCGGAGCAAUCACAACAGCCAUCUCCUCCAACGUUGAUAUGGUCGAAAACGGAAUCACAGAAAAGAUAGGCAGCCUGAUUCAAGCUAUCUCGAUGCUGAUCGCUGGUUUUGUCGUGGCCUUUACUCAGCAAUGGAAACUUACUUUGGUGACGGCCACCACUUUGCCUGUCCUCUUCGCUGGAUUCUAUAUCACCUUUGGCCUUGACGCCAAGAUUGAGGGUAAGAUCCUUAAAGUCUACAAUUCCGCCAGCGGCCUCGCAGAAGAGGCUAUGAGCAGCAUGCGUAUGGUCACGGCACUCGACAUCGGAAAAAGACUGGGCCAGAAGUACGACAUUCCUCUAGCAGAGGCUGAGAGACUUGGCCUUACAAAAGGCCCAGUCAUUGGGUUUCAAUAUAGCGUCGAGAUGUUUACCACAUACUGCGCAUAUGCCCUAGCUUGGUACUAUGGUACUAAACUCUUGAAAGAGGGUGAAAUCGGCUCUGGUGGUGGUGGCAUGAUAACAGUUCUUUUAUCUGUCCUCUUGGCAACGCAGGCUGCAUCUGAUGUUGCUCCGGGAUUUAGCGGCUUUACCAGAGCAUCGGCCUCAGCAAAGGAAAUCUUUAAGGUGGUGGAUCGGCGAUCGAAAAUUGACCCCCUCGGUGAAGAAGGGCACAAACCCGAGGUCCUUGAGGAGAGUAAGGUUGAGCUACGUGACGUCACGUUUGCUUAUCCUUCACGACCAACGCUACCAAUUCUCAGAGACUUCAGCAUCACCUUCGAAGCAGGCAAAACAACCGCUCUCGUUGGCUCUUCUGGAUCUGGAAAAAGCACAAUCGUUGGCUUGAUUGAGCGUUGGUUCGAUACAGAAUCGGGAUCAGUCCUGGUGGGCGGCCAUCCUGUUACCAAUCUGAACGUUCGAUGGCUACGUAAUCAAGUUGGCUUGGUACAGCAAGAGCCUGUACUGUUUAGUGACUCCAUUUAUAACAAUGUGGCUCAUGGUUUAUACGGUACCAGUAUGGACUCGCUCCCUGAGGUGAAGAAGCGAGAACUCGUCCGUCAAGCUUGCAUUCAGGCAUUUGCCGAUGAUUUCAUCCAAGAUCUCCCUGAUAAAUACGACACUUUAGUUGGAGAGCGUGGUCGUCUCCUCAGUGGCGGACAGAAACAACGAAUUGCCAUCGCCCGUGUCGUGAUAUCAGACCCCCGAAUUCUUCUUUUGGACGAGGCCACGUCGGCUCUGGAUCCAACCGCGGAGAAGAAAGUCCAAGCCGCUCUGGAUAAUGUCUCUAAAUCUCGCACCACUAUUAUGAUUGCGCACAAGCUUUCAACUGUGCAAAAGGCUGAUAAGAUUGUUGUUCUCUCGCAUGGAAAGGUGGUCGAGCAAGGCACUCAUCAAGAGCUCCUGGCAGCCAAGGGCUCGUACCAUAAACUCGUCUCUCUGCAGAACCUUGACACCAACAAUGAAGCCAUUCACAGUUCCAAAGACUCGCAGAAUGAUGAAUGUUCCAUCGUCGACAACUCUCAAGGAUACCAUGUGGAGCUUCCAGAAUUACCUUCAUCUCGCUUGUCAUCGACAUCUGGCGAAGACACAGUGGUAAUGCCCCAAGUUGAUGCCAAGGCAAGUGAAGACAAAAAGGAAGAAUAUUCCGAGGAUGAUGACCUUACGGAAAAGCUUUCUUUGGUUCGCUGUAUUGCCAUCAUAAUUUGUAAGGAGCAGCGGCACAUCUGGUUUCUCUUCUUAGCCGGCUUGCUAUCCUCCGCUGGUAGUGGUGGCGCGUUCCCUGCUCAGGCUGUUCUCUUUGGAAAGAGCAUUUCCACGCUACAACUUCCUCAUGACCAGCACCUGACCGACAGAGGUAGUUUCUGGGCACUCAUGUAUUUCGUGUUGGGUCUCGCCGUCUUUGUAGCCAACUGGGGAGUUGGCAAUUGGUGGACCGUAGGUUCGUUCCGCGCAACACGUCAAUAUAGACGUGAAUAUUUUGAGGCCAUGAUGAAUCAAGAUGUUGCUUUCUUUGACUUGAAAGGUCACAGCGCUGCCGAAAUGACAACCCGUCUUUCUACGCAUCCUCUCCACCUGCAGCUACUUUUAUCGACCAACCUGGCCCUAAUUGUCCUGGUCAUCUUCAAUGUCUUAGGAUGCUGUAUCCUGUCUCUGGUCAUUGGCUGGAAACUCGCACUCCCCGUGAUGGCUUUAGGCGUGCCACUUUUGUUUGGCGCUGGCUACUUCAGGAUGCGGAUGGAGAUGAGCAAUCAAGAUCGCGUCACAGCCAUUUACCAGGAAGCUGCUCGCUUUGCCUCCGAAGCAGUUGGCGCUAUCCGAACUGUUUCAAGCCUAGCACUCGAACAGAAAGUCCUUGAUGGGUACGAAAGAAGACUUGAUGACUCUGCCAAGCUCGAGAUGCGGCAUAAACUGCUGAGCAUGCUUCUAUUUGCGUUUAGUGAGAGCAUCAGUCUCGCAGUCUCCGCCUUUUCCUUCUGGUAUGGAGGGAAGUUGUUGUCUGAGAACGAGUACAGUGUCAGUACUUUCUUUAUCGUCUUUAUUGCCAUUAGUAUGGGCAUGCAAACUGCUGGCUUCAUGUUUGGAUUCACGUCUGAUCUCUCCAAGGCACACAAAUCGGCCAAUCAUAUUAUCGACCUUCGCAGAUCUAAGCCAGCCAUCAAUAAUUCGACUGGUAGCCACCAAGCACUCAUGUCAGAGAGCAAGACUGCUAUUGAGUUCAAAAAUGUUACCUUCUUAUACCCAAAUCGUCCGGACAUUCCAGUACUGCGCGACAUCAGCUUCAAGAUCGAUAAAGGUCAGUCUGUCGGCAUUGUCGGUGCGUCAGGGUGUGGAAAGAGCACUAUUAUUGCUCUCCUAGAGCGAUUCUACGAUGCAGAGAUGGGCCAAGUUUUGAUUGGGGAUGUUCCGAUGCAGCAGCUGAACGUACAGGAGCAUCGCUCUCGCCUGGGCUUGGUCUCCCAGGACACGAUCUUGUACCAAGGCUCCAUUCGUGAAAACAUCUUGCUGGGUCGACUACCCGGUCAAGCUACUACUAGUGAAGAUGAAUCCAAGUCUGAAGCUGAAGCCGAUGAAGCGGUUAUUCGCGCCUGCAAGUUAGCCCAAAUAGACGAAUUUAUCAUGAGUCUUCCGGAGGGCUAUCAUACAAAACUUGGAGGCCAUGGAAUUUCACUCAGUGGAGGUCAGCGACAGCGUCUUGCCAUCGCCCGUGCUCUGAUUCGAGAGCCGGAUAUCUUACUCUUCGACGAAGCGACCAGUGCUCUUGAUACGGAAAGCGAGGCUUUGGUUCAGAAGGCCUUUGAGGCCAUCACACAGAAUAAUGACACCCGAACAGUCAUCUCAGUUGCCCAUCGCUUAUCUACAAUCAAGCAGUGUGACCGCAUCUUCGUGCUUUAUCGGGGCGAAGUAGUGGAGGAGGGAACACACGACGAGCUUGUGGCACAUUGUGGCCGUUACCAUGAAAUGGUUUUGGCCCAGACUUUGGACGCAGAAGCUUCUUGA